AUUGCAAACUGUCCUUACAUCAUGUAUCUUCCAUUUGACAUGCACCCUCCCAAUCUCACUGCCCUAGAAGUACUGACCAUAGAUGGUUGUCCUGAAUUAUGCCAAAAGUAUCAACCACAAUCUGGUUAGUACUGGCCCAUGAUUGCUCACGUAAAAAAUGUUACCAUUGGGGUGGGGAACCAACAAGAGAGAAGGAACAACGUUCGUCAUGGUCAUCAACUUGAAGUGCAAGAAGCGGAGAAAACCAAGCUGGUUUUCUUUGAAGGCUCCGCUUAUAAUUUUGAUUUUGAAGAUUUGCUGAGGGCUUCAGCUGAACUUCUUGGAAAGGGUAGUUAUGGUACUACAUAUAAGGCUAUCUUGGAGGAGUCAACAACAGUUGUGGUGCAAAGGUUGAAAGAAGUUGGAGUAGGCAAGCGGGAAUUUGAACAGCAGAUGGAGAUCUUGGGAAGGAUAGGACAGCACCCGAAUGUGCUGCCUCUUCGCGCUUAUUAUUAUUCAAAAGAAGAGAAGCUUUUGGUUUAUGACUAUAUCCCAAAUGGCAAUCUAUCUUCCCACUUGCAUGGUAAUAGAGCAGGUGGAAGAACUCUAUUAGAUUGGAACUCCAGAGUAAUAAUCUCUAUUGGAAUUGCCAGAGGAAUUGCUCACUUACAUUCAGUUGGCGGUCCGAAAUUCACUCAUGGAAAUAUCAAAGCCUCAAAUGUCCUCCUUAACCAUGAUAAUGAUGGCUGCAUUUCUGAUUUUGGCAUGACCCCACUCAUGAAUGUUCCUGCAACCCCUUCUAGAGCUGCAGGUUAUCCUGCUCCCGAGGUGAUUGAAACCCGGAAGCACACUCAUAAAUCAGACGUGUACAGUUUUGGUGUGAUCCUUCUGGAAAUGCUUACAGGGAAAGCGCCACAACAGUCUCCGGGACAUGAUGACAUGGUUGAUCUCCCUAGGUGGGUCCAGUCUGUUGUUAGGGAGGAGUGGACAGCCGAGGUAUUCGAUGGGGAGCUAAUGAGGUACCAAAAUAUAGAAGAAGAAAUGGUGCAAAUGUUGCAAAUCGGCUUGGCAUGUGUGGCGGAGGUUCCAGAUAUUAGACCAAGCAUGGAGGAAGUAGUGAGAAUGAUAGAAGAGAUCCGGCAAUCUGACUCAGAGAAUCAGCCAUCUUCCGACAAGAACAAAUCCAAGGACUUAAAUGUUCCAACUCCAUGAUUAACCUUUUUUUCUUGUGUUCAAAACAUUGAAUUCAAUGGUAUAUAAGAGUGAAUGAAAUACUUGUCUCUCAGAUGGAAUUACUUUUGUUUUGUUCAGUAGGAUGGUUUAUUUUCUUGAAAUUCUUAUGUAUUAAAGUUGUGAAUUUGUGAUUCAAUUCAUGAUUUUCAUUGAAGAACAAUUUGUUGAUCUUUUUUAACUGUUAUGCUGGUUGUUGACA